AUGUCUAAGAACCUGAGUGGAGCAGCUGCUAGAAGCGGAUCCCCGCAGGAGUCAUCGCACGAAUCGGUCUCAUCGAAUCAUACAAGCCCUGCUCGAUUGGCUGUUGUGCAGGCCCCACAAAGAGAAUGCAAGACUGCACCCCGCAACGUCCAUGAAUUGAUGCUCGAGGUCCAGAACCGGACGUUGCGGAACCAUCGGCUCGGAACGCCCAAUAUAAACGAUUUAGCCACGCUGAGCAAGCUGAACAUGAAGCGCGCCUUGAUGGACAAUAUCGUCGUAGUGGGAAUGACCAUGGCCUGGGUGGCGGAUGAUGACUCGAUUUCCAUCUUCAGUAUGACACGUCCUGGUUAUCCAGACCACACAAUUCCCGAUAGUCUGCGCCCAACGGAGUUGCAGCGAACGAAACCCCACCAUCCAUGGCUGGAUAUAUUUCCCUUCCCUCAGAUCCGGGACAACCUGAUCACUGCACAGGAAGACUUCGAUGAUGACGAGCUCUGCCAUGACCUGAUGGCAUUCUGGGAUACGGAAAACACAGAACCCGCGGUGUUGAUUUGGGGGAGUCCAUGGGAUCCGAGAAACUGGGAGGUGACGGAAGCCUUCGUGAGAAAAUGGGGCUGGGUAUUAGACGGCUGCUCGGAAAUUCAAGAAUCAACGAACCGGUGGAGACGGAUACGAGGUGAAAAGGCUCUUUUGAUAGACAGGUAG